AUGAAAGUUUCGUCUGCUGCACAGUUUUACGUCUUUAUUGGUGAAGUGGCGUUGUACACCAUCUUCGUAGAACGGUAUGAGUCAAUUGUUAUUUUCAGGAAGGCCGACUUUGGCUUGAGUGCCUUUAUUGUGCUAUUGUGGUUUGUCGCCUCCGCCGUCUGGGCCAGAGGCGUCGACCAGCUCAAGCGUUAUACAUCAGAAGAAGCUAUCAAAGAAGAAAUUUGCAAAAACUUUAAUUGUACAGUUGUUGCACCCCAAGGGUACGCUGGAUUAAAUAUAUCCUUGCAACUCUGGUCCAGAUUGACUUCUUUAGAAAAAUGCAAUCCUGUGUGCGACCCAAAGUCACCUCUGUAUGGUAACUUUUCGUCUGCUGCACAGUUUUACGUCUUUAUUGGUGUUGUGGCGUUUUUGUACUGCAUUGGAGUUUUGGCGUUGUACACCAUCUUCGUAGAACGGUAUGAGUCAGUUGUUAUUUUCAGGAAGGCCGACUUUGGCUUGAGUGCCUUUAUUGUGCUAUUGUGGUUUGUCGCCUCCGCCGUCUGGGCCAGAGGCGUCGACCAGCUCAAGCGUUAUACAUCAGAAGAAGCUAUCAAAGAAGAAAUUUGCAAAAACUUUAAUUGUACAGUUGUUGCACCCCAAGGGUACGCUGGAUUAAAUAUAUCCUUGGUGUUUGGAUUUUCCAACGUUGCUUUAUGGGCUGCCGCCCUGUGGUUUUUAUGGAAGGAAACACCCUGGUUCCGCGGUGAAAGCGACCCGAUGCGCGAUGCUGUCCUGCCCCCUGUCGAUGGUGCCCCUCUCUAA